AUGGCGGGCUCCGAUCUCGUUGACCAUUCCCCUCACCAUCCCACCAAAGCCUCACGGCUUGAUAGCGCUUCAAAUGUCAUUCUGAUCGACAACUAUGAUUCUUUUACCUGGAAUGUUUACCAGUAUCUGGUUCUUGAGGGCGCCACCGUCCAAGUGUUUCGCAAUGAUGAAUUAUCCUUGGAGGAAUUGAUCGCCAAAAAGCCGACUCAAUUGGUCAUCAGUCCUGGUCCGGGCCACCCGACCACGGACGCUGGAAUCAGUAACGCUGCAAUUCAAUACUUCAGCGGUAAAGUACCAGUUUUUGGUGUGUGUAUGGGUCAACAGUGCAUUAUCUCUUCCUUUGGUGGCAAAGUCGAUGUCACAGGCGAGAUCUUGCAUGGUAAGACGUCAGUGAUAACACAUGAUGGCAAGGGUGCAUAUGAAGGGCUGCCCACCUCGCUCGCCGUGACCAGAUAUCAUUCCCUUGCUGGAACCCACUCAACAAUCCCUGACUGCUUGGAGGUAACGUCUUACGCCCAGCUGGGCGAGGACAGUAACAAGACCGUUAUCAUGGGCGUGAGGCACAAGCAGCUUGCCGUGGAGGGUGUCCAGUUUCAUCCUGAAAGUAUCCUCACCGAGUAUGGCCGAGGGAUGUUUAGAAACUUCCUCAAACUUACAGCGGGUACAUGGGAGGGUAACGGCAAACAAUCCAGCGCACAGAGUGGCGCUUCUGUUGUAACUGGGUUGGCUGCCUCGAAUACCACCCCGAAGGUAGACAAGAAGACAUCCAUCUUAGAAAAGAUAUAUGAUCACCGCAGGGCUGCUGUUGCCAUCCAGAAGACUAUUCCUUCGCAACGGCCCGCGGAUCUUCAGGCUGCUUACGACCUCAACAUUGCUCCUCCACAACUCUCAUUCCCUGCUCGUUUAAGACAAUCACCUUAUCCGUUGUCUCUUAUGGCUGAAAUCAAGCGCGCUUCCCCUUCCAAGGGUAUGAUCGCAGAGAAUGCGUGUGCCCCUGCCCAGCUAGAGAGUAGCAUCGACGACUUGCGUGCCGUCCGCCAGAGCUUAGAAGGGGUUACAAACAGACCUGCAAUCUUGAGGAAGGAGUUUGUCUUUGAUGAAUAUCAGAUUCUAGAAGCCCGUCUUGCUGGGGCUGAUACUAUUCUGCUCAUCGUGAAAAUGCUAAGCGUUGAGCUUCUUACAAGACUGUAUCACUAUUCCCGCAGCUUGGGAAUGGAGCCUCUCGUUGAGGUUAAUACUCCGGAGGAAAUGAAGAUUGCGGUCCAGCUUGGAGCCGAGGUGAUUGGCGUAAACAACAGAGACUUGACAAGCUUCGAGGUUGAUCUCGGUACGACGAGUCGUCUCAUGGACCAGGUUAAUGAGAAUACUAUUGUUUGCGCACUUAGUGGAAUUUCCGGGCCCAAGGAUGUCGAGGCUUACAAGAGAGAAGGUGUCAAAGCAAUCCUUGUGGGAGAGGCACUUAUGCGGGCAUCUAACACAUCUGCUUUUGUUGCAGAGCUUCUUGGGGGGUCUUACGAGGAAUCUGCUCAAGCUUCACGAGCCUCGCCGUUAGUCAAGAUCUGCGGUACACGAUCUGAAGACGGAGCUCGGGCGGCUAUUGAGGCUGGUGCUGAUCUGGUUGGUAUUAUUCAAGUACAGGGACGAAAGCGAACUGUUUCAGACGAUGUUGCUCUUCGAAUUUCUCAAGUUGUAAAGUCGACAAAACGACCUGUCCCUUAUGCCGCUUCGACCACUCAAGGAACAUCACCUGCAGCCUCGGUUGAUUACUUUGAUCAUUCCACUAAUGUUCUACGCCAUCCCAACCGAGCCCUGCUCGUGGGUGUGUUCCAGAAUCAGCCAUUGUCGUACAUCCUGGAGCAGCAACAAAAGCUGGAGCUCGACGUAGUUCAAUUACACGGUUCUGAGCCAUUGGAAUGGGCUAGGUUAAUACCGGUGCCUGUCAUCCGCAAAUUCGGUCUUGACGAGACUGGAAUUGCACGAAGAGCCUACCACACUUUGCCCUUACUUGAUUCUGGAGCUGGUGGCUCUGGUGAAUUGCUCGACCAAUCCGGUGUUCAAAACGUUCUGGACAGCGAUGCUGGCCUGCGUGUUAUCUUGGCUGGCGGAUUGGAUCCCACAAACGUUGCUGACACAAUUAAGAAGCUAGGAAAAUCAGGUCACAAGGUUGUUGGGGUAGAUGUCAGUUCUGGUGUGGAGUCGGAUGGCGCUCAGGAUCCGAUUGCCUUCUCGAAUCCCAAGUGCUUUCCGACGAUCUACCUGUCCUGUUCCACAAACCAACCGCCUACCUAUAUUCAUACAGUCAAUAUGGGCAAGACUUUUGCAAAGGUUCACAUGUGCUCGGCUGGGAAGCUUGGAGACAGCGGUAAAAAAAUCCCGCAAUGGGUUCAAGCAAACGGGGGAAGGUAUUCUAGGCAAGUCACUCACGAUGUGACGCACCUAGUUACAACCAAAGACGCCUAUAUGAACAACAUCCCUGCAGAAGCUAGACGUCUUGGGACUGUGAAGAUAGUAUCUUAUGAAUGGUUGGAGGAUUCUCUACUUUCCCGUAAUCGGACACCAAAACGGGAAAAGGCAUAUCUCAUCGAGAAUAUCCUGAAGGAGGAAAGGAGAGCAGCAAAGGAGAAAGCCAGGAAGACCCCAAAGCAGCAGGGUGGGUCUAUGAAAAAGCCCACAGGAAAAGUAAACGCAAAAGGCGGCCCUUCAGGUGUCAGCCGUAGGAAGAAAUCUGUACUCACUACAUCGGAGCGUCAUGUAUACACGGACAUGACAACUCGUCAACCAUACAAAGCCACGCUUGUCCGACAGACAAUCACGAAACGUAACGAGAAGUUUCAACUUACGAUCUACGAAUCCAAUGGUGAACCGUGUACAUAUGAAACCGAAUGCAGAUACAGCCGUGUUGGUAAAGCAAGCUACCAGAUUCUUGCUCCAACAGGAAGCAGCUUGGACACGGCCUUGACAGCAUUUGAACGGUUUUUCGAAGAAUAUACGGGAAAGAGCUGGGCGUUACGUGAAGACGGAACCCGGCCCCAGCCGAAGAGAGAUGAUGAAGGGAAUUUUCUGCCUCACCAUGGGGGCUGGUAUACCUACGAAUACACCACGAACAUAUUUACCCACUUCAUCCAGAACGGCUCGGCCAGCAGCGCCGAUAUAAUCGGAAAUUAA